AUGGCUUCCAAUCCGACAGAAAGUAAUUUCCGAAAUCAAUUGAGCGGCUUUCGAUGGGCUCAAGGCCGCACGGAUGAUAGUGCCCCUGCUGCAGCAGGCUCCACUUCAGGUACCGGCUCUGGCCUUUUUGGUGCGCUAUCGGGCUACGUGCCCUUGCGAAGUGCGGAAAGGACAAACGAAGAAGAAGCCUAUCUCAGCCUGUCCAGAUGGGAGCGGCUUUUGGGCUUCUUGGCUUGCCUUGCAGGAAGUGCAGUAUGCUUCUUGCUAGCCUUCCUCUACCUUAUCAAUCCCUUGACAUUCGUCACAAGACCCGACAAAUUCCCCUUGGCCUUCAGUUUGGGUAGCUUGCUCUUCAUGGCGGGCUUCUCCAUCUUGACUGGUCCCGUAGCGCAUCUGAAACACUUGACCUCCAAAGAGAGAUUACCCUUCACAAUUUCAUACUUUUCCUCUUUGGGCCUCACCAUCUACUUUGCUCUAGGUCCUCGGUGGAAACUAGCAACACUCAUAGCAGCCGUUGUUCAAAUUGUAGCUCUACUAGCCUAUCUGGCUCAAUACUUUCCCGGAGGCCUCGCCACGCUGAGGUAUGGUGGCAGCAUGGUUUUGAGAGGUGGGGCGAGCCUUUUGCCCAUAUAG